CACACUCUCUCUUUUAAAGCGCACCCCUCCAUCCUCUUCUCGGCGCUCGGCAGCGCCAGCCCCGGCUCCGGCCAUUUCGCGCAGCGGCGGCGGCGCCUCCGGAGGGACCCGGGAGGAGGAGGAGGAGGAGGCCUACAGAAGAUGACGGAAUACAAGCUGGUCGUUGUUGGAGCUGGUGGCGUGGGCAAGAGUGCGCUGACGAUACAGCUGAUUCAGAACCAUUUCGUAGAUGAAUAUGACCCUACAAUAGAGGAUUCGUACAGGAAGCAAGUAGUCAUAGAUGGCGAGACCUGCCUCUUGGACAUUCUAGACACAGCCGGCCAAGAGGAGUACAGUGCAAUGAGGGACCAGUACAUGAGGACGGGCGAAGGCUUUUUAUGCGUAUUUGCUAUAAAUAACACAAAAUCUUUCGAAGAUAUUCAUCAUUAUAGGGAACAAAUAAAGAGAGUGAAAGAUUCUGAAGAUGUCCCCAUGGUGCUAGUAGGAAACAAGUGUGACUUGCCUUCGAGAACCGUAGACACAAAACAAGCUCAGGACUUAGCUAGAAGUUACGGAAUUCCUUUCAUCGAAACCUCUGCGAAAACGAGACAGAGAGUGGAGGAUGCAUUUUAUACAUUGGUGCGAGAGAUCCGCCAGUACAGAUUGAGAAAAAUCAGCACAGAAGAAAAGACUCCUGGGUGCGUGAAAAUUAAAAAAUGCCUUUUAAUGUGACAGGGGCGUUGACGAUGCCUUCUACACAUUAGUCCGGGAAAUCCGAAAACACAAAGAGAAGAUGAGCAAAGACGGCAAAAAGAAGAAAAAGAAGUCGAAGACAAAGUGUAUAAUUAUGUAAAUGCAAUUUAACCCUUCGUCCUUAAGGUGUACGUCGGUAAACGUGAUUCAUUUUUGUACCAUUACACUAAAUUAUUAGCACACACGUUUUUAGCAUUACUUUAAAACAGACACCUUCCCUCCCUGCUUUGUGAACCCAUUGGAUGCCUUUUCUGGAUGCUUGCUUUUAAGUGACAGUGGAAAGCAUUCCUAAGUGCCAGUAUUCCUGGAAUUUUGGUUCAUGAACCUAGCAAUGCCUGUGAUCCAUCAAGAAUACCCGAAAACAUUUUAUUCGGUGGUAUUUGGGUGCAUGCAAAACUUGCUAAUGUCUUCUGAUUCCCCCACCCACUCCUCCUUUCUUAGGAAGUUGUGACUGGCUGCUGUUGUUGUUUUUUGCAGGAACUGCCUUACUGGAAGAAUUGCCUUCGCUUGGGGCAAUUGUUUCCCGGGGUUUGGGGUGGGAGUCCCUUCAUCCAAGAGCAGGAGGGGUGAAUGAGAAGACAGGAUGCUUAUAGUGGCACUCCCUUCCCUGUUACAUCUCAUAGAUCUCCUCCUUGGACAUAGGUUGGAGGAGAACGAGGAACCAGGUAUCUCAUUUGAAUUAUCUAGAGCCUGGUGAGUGCUGAGAGAGCCAACAGCAGCGGUUGUGCCACAGAGGCCCUGUGUAAAGUCUUGAGUUCCUGUUGAAAUGCAGCACUUUAGACCCAGGUGAUUUACAGGAACAGGGCGUUCCUGAGCGGGCGAGGACCAUGACAUGGUGGGAUCAGGGGCUCUCCGCUAUACAGAGAGUUGAGAGGAAGCAAGGUUUUUAUGACUACGGUAGGCCUGCCGCAGGCGAGGAAAGUGGGCCUCAAGUUGUCACAAGAGGGGAGCUGGGAAACUUUCCACCUAUGCAUGGACCAACGUACCAUCAGGACCCAACAUUUAGGGAGAGAUGGUGCUUGUGGGAAAGGGGUAGGAGAAGAAGCCCCUUUCAGAUGUGGGAUGCCAGAGCUGGCUGAGUUGGCACGGCCCCAGGAGUAGCCAACAUUGUACCCUUCAGGUGUUGUUGGACUCCAAAACCCAUCAUCCCCGACCAGUUCCAGCCAGCAUGAUGGGAGUUGUAGUCCAGCAUCAUCUGACGGACACCAAGUUAGCGGCUGCCUCUUGCGGUUGCUGGGAUGUAGGUGAUGGGAGCAAGCAUCAAGCCUAGGACAGCACCUUGCCUGAAGCUGGUCCCGGGUCUUUGUAAAAAACUGAGGUGGUUAACCUGCAGCCUCCCAGGUGUUGCUGGACUCAAACGCCCAUCAGUCCCGGCGAAAAUGGCCAGUGGUCAAGGAUGAUGGGAGUUGUUGGGGCUGCAGUGUCUGGAUGGCCACAGCUUCCCUGCCCCUGUGGUAUGAAAGGCAACCUGCUGUUAUCUCCAGCUUAUUUUCUGCUGUGUUUGUGAUAAAAGGACUGGUCAGUGCAAGUGAUCCUGGUUUUCCAACACACGCUUUUUCAAAAAAAGUUUUGGUUCUGCUGACUGCAAUAUUGGAUAACACCUCCUUAGCCUUCCUAAUGUAUAAUUUCUGCUUUGGGGCACCGUUUUAUUGUAGCGUUUCCAAUCAACUUGAAUGAAUGUAAGGAUUGUGGGCUUCUCACAGAAGCAAGUUUCUUUCCCCCACCCCUCCCAACCACACUUCCCCAAGGCAGUUUGUCGUGGGUCACUCUUAAAAAUCUAACUAUUUUUUUCUAUUAAAAGUGAAAAUGUAAAAAAAGAGGGGAAACAAAUUCAAAUUGGAUUGAUUUGUUGAAAUGAGACAUCUCUGCCUUUUGGCUAAGAUCAAGUGUGUGCAUAUAGAAUAUACAGGUGAAACUUGGAAAAUUAGAAUAUCGCCAAAAAGUGCAUUUAUUUCAGUAAUGCAACUUCUUAUUUUUUAUUUUUCUUUUAAUUUUUACAAAUGCCUUCUUUUGGAAAUUCCACAGUAAUAAAAUAGUUACAAUAAUACAAAAAUAAACAUUGCUAUUACAUUUCAUUAAUUACAUUCCAUUUAUAAUUGACCCGCCUAACGACAAAUAAUCACAACAAAUAAAGGCUCGAUAUAUCUUGCUUUGCAUGUCAUGCAUCUAUCUCAUAUAUUGGUUUCACCUUUUAAGUUGCGUUACUGAAAUAAAUGCACCUUUCGACGAUAUUCUAAUUUUUCGAGUUUCACCUGGAGAAAAGCGCUGAGGUGCUAAGAGUAGCAUUUCGUUUCGUCUUUCGGAAGAUGAUGUCAGAAUGAAUGAACAGCAGUUACUUGGUGGGCUGUGCCCUUAGGCUGUACAGUUUUCCCAAACCUGCUUAACAAUUUAAUUUAAUUCCAUUGUCGUGUUUUUAUGUUGGAAAUAAGCCUCCCUCUCACCCUUCCACUCUCUCUCUCUCUCUCGAGUGCCAAAUCUCCUACUAGGACUAUUUCUUAAAAUGCAAUGUGUUUACCUAGAAUGUAUUUUAACUAUUUUUGUAUAGUAUAAACUAAAAAAAAAUAAGAAAAAUACAUGUUUUGUACAUUGUGCUUUUUGUUUCCAUUUGAGGCAAAAUAUAUGCAAUGUGACCCAGGUGAUGGACAUUUUUUGGGGGGGGAACCACCCCCCCAGUCUUUCUUUCAAUCCUGUGACCUCGAAACAUUUAGUCACACCUGAAGAAUGACCACUGUUCAUUUAAACCCUUACAGAUGUUUUUAUCAGCAGCAUGUGCUGUGAAGCGAUAUGAAAUCUGUCAAGUUUGUCACAAAACAACACCGCUCCUGUUGUAAUGAAUAAAUAAAAAAGCCUGUGUUUCUACAGUUUGGUUUUCCCCCUCA